AUGGCCAUUCAUACCGACAUCCGGACUGCAGAGCUCCGUGAGCCCGUUGACGUUGCUACCUAUCUCUUCACCCGGCUCAAGCAGCUCGGGAUCGAUUCGGUCCACGGCCUUCCGGGAGACUUCAACCUGGUAGCUCUCGACUACCUGGAAGGCUGCGGGUUGAAGUGGGUUGGCAACUGCAAUGAGCUCAACGCAGGCUAUGCGGCGGAUGGAUAUGCUCGGAUCAAGGGUAUUUCCGCCGUGGUAACCACGUUUGGUGUGGGCGAAUUGUCGUUGCCCAACGCCAUUGCAGGGGCCUACGCCGAGUUCGUCCCUGUCGUCCACAUUGUCGGAACGCCGAGCACCAUCUCCCAGGCCAAUGGAAUGCUGCUGCACCAUACCCUGGGCAACGGCAACUUCCAAGUUUUUGCGGACAUGGCUUCUCAUAUCGCCGUGGAUGUGGCCAAGCUGACGGAUCCUCGAGAUAUCCCCGGACAAAUUGAUCACGCCCUCCGCGAAUGCUACCUCAAGAGUCGACCGGUCUACAUCGCUUUACCUACAGAUAUGGUCAAGAAGAAGGUGGAGGGCGAAAGACUAAAGACGAAGAUCGACCUCAGCCCGUAUCAGAACGACCCAGAGAAGGAGGAUUACGUGGUUGAUGUCAUUCUGAGAUACCUUACCCAGGCGAAGAAUCCUGUCGUUCUGGUCGACAGCUGCGCUAUAAGGCAUAGAGUCCUGCAAGAAACACACGAUUUCAUCGAAAAGUCCGGUCUUCCAGUCUUUGUGGCUCCCAUGGGCAAAGGUGCUGUCGAUGAGACUAUGCCAACCUUUGGAGGUGUCUACGCCGGGAAUGGCUCCAACCCGGGAGUGCAAGAGCGGGUCGAAGGUGCUGAUCUACUCCUGACUAUCGGUAGCGUCAAGUCCGACUUCAACACGGCUGGUUUCACAUACCGGACCUCGCAGCUCAAGACGAUUGAUUUCCACAGUACCUGGAUGCGGGUUCGUUAUUCAGAGUAUCCUGACGUCGGCAUGAGAGGCGUCCUCCGCAAGCUGAUUGAGAGAAUGCCGAAGCUCAAUAUCCAGCCAGGACCAACCCCUCCGCAGAACACAAUCCCCCAGAGCGAAAACACAAAUGAUCCCACCAUCACUCACACUUGGUUCUGGCCUCGCAUGGGGCAGUGGCUGCAGGAAGGAGAUAUUGUUCUGACCGAGACCGGAACCUCGAACUAUGGUAUCUUCAACACUCGGUUCCCGAAGAACGUCAUCAAUAUAAGUCAAAUCCUGUGGGGAAGUAUCGGCUAUGCUACGGGUUCGUGCCAGGGUGUAGCGCUCGCCGCUCGGGAACUGGGACGCAAGCACCGUACCAUUCUUUUCACGGGCGACGGAAGUUUCCAGCUGACCGCACAAGAGCUCAGCACAAUGAUUCGGCAUAAGCUCAACCCAAUCAUCUUCAUCGUCUGCAAUGACGGGUACACCAUUGAGCGGUUCAUACACGGAAUGGACGCGGGGUACAAUGACAUUCAGAACUGGAGAUAUAAAGACCUUCCUGCUGCAUUUGGAGCCGAAGAAGGAACGUACAAGACGUACCAGGUCAAGACCAAGGAGGACGUCAAUGCCCUUUUCCAGGACGAGAAUUUCUCCAAAGCUCCCUAUCUGCAGUUGGUCGAACUUUAUAUGCCUAAGCAGGAUGCCCCAGAAGCAUUGAGACUGACGGCGGAAGCGAGUGCUAGGAACAACGCAAAGUCAUGA